AUGGCCGCGACGCUUGCGAGACAGUCUGAGGACGCUCAGAGAGUCGAAGACUACCUGGACGAUCAAAUAGGAGAAGCCCGGGAUCUUGAUGGUAUAGACUCUCUACUUGCGCGCGUAGGGGAGCAACAGGCUCUACUGCAGUCUCAGCUAGAGGAAGCCAAAAGCGCACUGGCCGAAACUGAGAAGAGAGCUUCGACCCAGGUCUCUGACCUCCAAAAACAUGCGGAGGAAUUUCAACGACAGCAGUCCGCUCUUGACCGUCGGUUGCAAGAGAUCACGUAUUCGAGUAGCAGUGAUGAAGCCGUAAAGGCUUUCGAGUCUCGCAUGGUGAAGCUGCGUCGGCUGGAUAUUGCUACGAGCUACCUAGAGCUGGCGAAAGAGGUGGAUCGUUUGCGAAGCGAUGCCGGAAGACUCUUGAACACUGAUCCUCGGACAUCCCUCUCAUGCUAUAGUCGAUUGCGCUUUCUGGCGCGAUCUCUGCAAAGGCUGCAGCCUGAUGCCGAAGGCGCAGCGCCUCAACUCAUUUCGAAUGUGGAACACGAGACGGAAGCUGUCUACAAGAAAAUCAGGACUGGACUAUCUAAAGACUUUCAAGCGACAUUGGAGAAAAUGAAGUGGCCGCAGAGCGAGAUGAACCUACUCGGUGGCGUACUCGAGAAGUGGUCAGAACAGGUUGAGCUCCUCAUGGAACUGCAAGAGCCGGAAGCGGGAGUUCUUCUUGCUAAUCCAAAGCCGGGCGAGUCACCUCCUCUAUUACCUCUGGAGAUUAUGGUGCAGCCCCUAGCACAGCGCUUUCGUUACCACUUCUACGGAGACAAACCAACGAACCGCCUCGAUAAGCCUGAGUAUUUUCUGUCUCACAUCUUGGACCUUCUGGACAAGCACAGUCAAUUUGUCGCAGAUGAGCUACAGCCCAUCCUGGAUCGCCGUGAUCCAUCGAAUGAGGACUUGGAAGCUGUGUAUCCUGACGCUAUCUCGGCUUUUAUCACCGCUCUCCUGCCUCUGGCGGUCAACAAAUCUCUCUCGCUCCUCCAGCAAAUAUCUUCCCAUCCACAACUCCUAUCACAUUUUAUGCAAGAGCUGAUGUCUUUCGAUGUCACGUUGCGGGAGUCGUGGAAUUACAGUCCGACGCCUGGAGUCUUCAGCGAGUGGAAAGGCUUGACAUGGACGAUCCUGGAUCAGCAUGGCUACUUCGAACAAUGGCUCAAAGUGGAAAAGGACUUCGCCCUCAGCAGGUAUCGAGACAUAAGAGACGCAGCUGACAGUCGUGAGAUUGAUUACGACGGCGUAGAGCCUGGUCAGACAAAGCCGACCAAAGGCACGAUCCGAGUAAACGAUCUCCUGGAGACCAUUACUGACAGGUACCGGGGUCUUUCGUCUUUUAGUCAGAAGAUGAAGUUUUUGAUGGGCAGUCAGAUAUCGAUAUUCGACGAUUACCAUGCUCACCUACACGACGCGCUUCAGGCAUAUCUAGCCUCAUCUCAUACUGCAGGACGCCUCCUGCAGGGUCAGUACAGCAAGCACGAGGCCUUCGAUCAAAGGGCCCUCGCAUCGUUGUGCAAAAUAUAUGGCAGCGCGGAGUAUCUCGAGCGGAAGAUGGCGGAUUGGAGUGACGACAUCUUUUUCCUAGAACUAUGGGAAGAGCUCCAGGAUCGGGCUCGGGGUAAUCUUGCAACGGAUGGAUCGGUCGGUAAAGGUCUACGAGUAGACGAAGUCGCGGCAAAGACGUCAACAACCAUUAGACAGAACGGCGAUGACAGCCAGAGUGGGGCUCUCUUCGAUGAAACAGCUUUGGCGUAUCGCAAGCUCAAAGAUCAAUCAGAGGCGGAAAUCUUGCGCCUGCUAGACAUCAAUGUCAAGGAAGCUAUUGCGCCAUUUAGCAGACUCGAGGCUUGGGCGUCGCUUGCUGCAGCCCCUACAGACCCUGCAAGCCUCAGCCCUUCAGCGGCACUCGACAGCAUUCUGCAGAUCGCAAAUGUGCUACUGGGAUUUUUGUCCAGAGUAUUAGCACGUCCCUCGAUGCGCAAGAUGGUCAAGCAUUUCUCUUCGACAUUGGCCAGCGAGGUGUACAACACUGUCAUGAUGGCACAUAGCUUCUCAGCUGGAGGGGUGUCUCAAUUCCGUCGGGAUUUGAUGGCAGUUGAAAAUGCGAUAGAUACAAGCUCUGGUCUUCGCGGAGUUGCAAAAACCACUUUCAGGAAAAUAGAGCAAGCCCUGACGUUGCUUGGUCUGCCCAUCAAGCGAUCGGCGAACAGGGUGAGCAAUGAGAAUGCCGACGAAGAAGAAGAUGGCUGGGGGUUCGAAGAGGAGGAUGUCGACACAGCAAAGGGUGAGCCGCUUCAACUCGUUGCAACGAAGGACGACGCAUGGGGACUUUGGGAAGCAGAGAAAGAGAUCUUCAAGUCUAACGAGGCCGCGAGACAAGCGCUUGCCGACAUGGGUUUGGACAACUUGAGCGAGCAGGAGGCCAGGAACAUCCUAAAGCGCCGAAUCGAGCUGAGUAGUUAG